AAGACCCGGAGGAUACAAUGUUCACUAAACUCUUCCAGCAGUGGAGUUUCGCGGUGUUUCUGCUGAGUUAUUCCCUGCCCUCUUACGGGAGAUCAGUAGAGGGAAUCAGCCGCAGACUCAAACGGGCUGUAUCAGAGCACCAGCUAUUGCAUGACAAGGGCAAGUCAAUCCAAGACUUACGAAGAAGAAUAUUCCUUCAAAAUUUAAUUGAAGGCGUCAACACUGCAGAAAUCCGUGCAACUUCUGAGGUUUCACCUAACCCUAAGCCUGCUACCAACACGAAGAACUACCCUGUCCGAUUUGGUAGUGAAGACGAGGGCAGAUACCUAACUCAGGAGACAAACAAAUCACAGACCUACAAGGAGCAGCCCCUGAAGGUAUCGGGGAAGAAAAAGAAAGCAAAGCCUGGAAAACGUAAGGAACAAGAGAAGAAAAAGAGACGGGCCCGCUCGGCUUGGUUAAAUUCUGGCGUGUAUGGAAGCGGCAUGACUGAGAGCCCACUCUUGGACAACUCUGUUACUACACAUAAUCACACUUCAAGGUAAUUCUGCUAUAUCCUUUUGGGGCACAUACCAUGUAUUUGCUGAAAUUGUUAUCCUUCUGUAUGUGAGGCCAAGGCCUCACUCAAACCUGGAGUAAAAGCACACCUUUAUGCUCAUAACUAGGCAGUUGCUUUUCAAGAAGCGCACAGCCUCAAGGU